AUGAAAAGACAAGGUCACCCGCCGCCUACCGGGGAAUGGGAGGAAGUUAGAAGAAGGAAACAGGCUAGCAGAACUUAUGAAGGAGAUGAUCUAACUCACUUCUAUGUAGCAGGAUUUUCCAAUGGGAUCAGGAAAGAUGAGUUACACAAAUCUUUCACUAGAUUUGGAAAGGUGGUAGACGUGUAUCUUGGAGGAAGGAAGAAUUAUCAACAGAUGAAUUUUGCUUUUGUGAGAUUCUCCGAUGUAACUGACGCCAAAGCUUUGGAAGACUCUCUUCAAGGAAUAAAAUGCAGGGAUAUGUUGCUCCAGGUGAACAUAUCAAAACACCAAAGAAAAAAAACUAAGUUACCUCCCCCAACUCAAAAUCGCCGGACAUCAAGGCACGCCGCUCCUCAGCCGAUUUCCCCUCAAACUUAUGGAGAAAGAGACACAAGAACCUUUGCCCAAGUUAUCACAGGUAAUCGUAAUAAUCAGCCAAACACUCCCGAAAUUCCAAUAGAACUCAACUCAAAUACUCAAAUGAGCCUUUGGUUGAGCAAGAGUGUCCUCAUUGGGGAGCCACACUCCCUAGACCACAUCUCAAAUCUACCUGCAUGGAUACUAGCGAUUGAAGGUACCAAAUACUUAGGGGGUCUCAACAUUGCAAUUAGAUUUGGAUGCUCAGUUGAUGCUAAAGAAUAUAUGGAAGACAGAAGCAGGUGGAACGAAUGGUUCAAGUGGCUAGUUCGUGGUGACCAACAUGAUAUCAAAUAUGAAAGAACAGCAUGGCUCAAAAUAAUGGGGGUUCCUCUAAAGCCUGUUCCAUUCGACAAAGUAGAGGAAGACUCUGAAGAUGAAAGUGACGAUGAUGAAGGGGUAUCGGACACAUGGAUGCAUGAAGAAGAUAACGAAGAAGAGGAAGGUGAAUUCCGGCCAGAUAACCAACCGGAAGUCAAUAAAUCGGCUCCGGCGUUUACUGAUUUCAACAUCAACCCAGAACCACCGGUGAUGGAAGAAAACAACGGUGAAGAAGCCGAAGAGCCUCUGGUACCAAAUUCCGUAGAUGCUAGUACCGGAGCAAAUACAAACAUUGAUGAUCCUCGAGUGGAGAAAGGUGUGGCGGUUGACGUUCCACAAAACACGUGCGCCGACCUGGGGAAUAAAAUGGGGGAAUUUAUUUCGUCUGACACUUCCCAGGAACAGGUUCACAUAAAAACCAAAAAUGAUAUACCUAGGUUUGGUGAUUUUGGGUCGGCAAAACACUUAAUCCCAUUCGGGUGUUUUGGGCCUUUCCUAAAUAAUUACCCCCCUGUAUUCACCUCCCCAAUAGCCCAAAACGGAACAACCCAAAAAUCAAACUCAUAUUUGGAUUCGAACAGCGGUGGACCCAAGGUCAAGAAAAGGAAAAAGGAUAAACAUGGUGCACGAUCUCCAUCCAUUACCUUCUUCACCGACUCUUCUGUCCACAUCAACCAGUGCAAUCAAUCAUCAACCUUAUACAUCAUUCUCACCUGA